GUCAACGAUAUAUCGAAUUAUCAGAGCUCAGGCGAGUCGGAUGAUAUUGAAGUAACCGGUAGUGCUCUCUUCUCACUGCCGUGAACCUUUUUCUUUUCGACUCCCUCUAUAUUGGAUAGUAAAGUAUUUUACAAAAAAGAUGAUGCAAGCUAAUAUUUGGAAUUUGGUGACCACUUCUGUCAGACCAACAUGUGUCAAGCGUAUUGUACCUGGCUUGACAGCUGCACAGCAACGCAGAUAUGCCAGUAAUUUAGAAGCAGAUAUUGUGGUAAUAGGUGCUGGUCCUGGUGGUUAUGUGGCAUCGAUUAAAGCUGCUCAGCUAGGGAUGAAAACUGUUUGUAUCGAAAAAGGAGAAACAUUAGGUGGGACUUGUCUCAAUGUUGGGUGCAUUCCAUCAAAAUCUCUGUUGAAUAAUUCUCAUUAUUAUCAUAUGGCACAUGGAGGAGAUUUACAGAAUCGUGGUAUUAUAGUUGAAAAUGUUAGGCUUAAUCUUGAUAAGCUAAUGGAGCAGAAACGGAAUGUAGUCAAAGCAUUAACAGGUGGCAUUGCUAGUUUAUAUAAAAAGAAUAAGGUAGAGUGGGUCAAAGGUCAUGGUAAAAUUACUGGUCCAAAUCAAGUGACUGCACUAGGACCAGAUGGUUCAGUAGUAAGCACAAUUAACACUAAGAACAUUAUAAUUGCCACUGGCAGUGAAGUUUCACCAUUUCCCGGUAUAGAAAUCGAUGAAAAACAAGUUGUUUCAUCUACUGGAGCUUUAUCAUUAAGCGAAGUGCCUAAAAGAUUUAUAGUGAUUGGUGCUGGUGUCAUUGGAUUGGAAUUAGGCUCAGUUUGGCAAAGGUUGGGUUCUGAAGUAACAGCAAUUGAAUUUUUACCGUCUAUCGGUGGGGCAGGUAUCGAUGGUGAAGUUAGUCAAACAUUACAAAAAAUUUUAAAUAAGCAAGGUGUGAAUUUCAAAUUGGGAACAAAAGUUACUGCCGCGAAAAGAACAGGCAGUGAAAUAAUUGUAUCCGUUGAAAAUGCCAAAGAUCCUAGUAAAAAAGAGGAUCUAGCAUGUGAUGUACUCCUAGUCUGUGUUGGCCGAAGGCCCUACACGGUGAAUUUAGGGUUAGAAGAUAUAGGAAUUGAAAGAGAUGAAAAGGGCAGGAUCCCUGUAAACAAUAGAUUCCAAACAGUAGUACCUUCGAUUUACGCUAUUGGAGAUUGUAUUCACGGACCGAUGUUGGCUCAUAAAGCGGAAGACGAAGGUGUUAUUACAGUAGAAGGCAUUGCUGGAGGUGCCGUACAUAUCGAUUACAAUUGUGUCCCUAGUGUAAUAUACACACAUCCAGAAGUAGGUUGGGUUGGUAAAACAGAAGAAGAUUUAAAGAAGGAAGGUAUCGACUAUAAAAUUGGAAAAUUCCCUUAUUUAGCAAAUUCCAGAGCAAAAACGAAUCUCGAAACAGACGGCUUUGUUAAAGUGUUAGCCGAUAAAAAUACAGACAAAAUAUUGGGAGUACAUAUGAUCGGUUCAGUCGCUGGUGAACUGGUUAACGAGGCUGUUCUUGCAAUGGAAUACGGAGCAAGUGCAGAAGAUAUUGCGAGAACGUGUCAUGCACAUCCAACUUGUGCGGAAGCCUUAAAGGAGGCCAACUUAGCUGCGUAUUUCGGAAAGCCAAUUAAUUUUUAAACAUCUGAACAAAUAAUCCGGGAACAUUAAUAUUUUGACGUAUCGUAGCUUCGAUCUAGUCUACGCUCAAUUUCAAAUGUGUUCGGACGUGUCACAUUAUACAUGUAUCACCUAGGUCACAUCAUUGUUUAUUCACAUAAGAA